AUGCAAUCGCAUUGUCCAGUUUGCGCGAAGCUAUCUAACAAGCAGCUUAACACCCUUCGAAACUCAUCAAGCAUCGAAUGGAGCUGUAAUGAAUGCCAGAAGAAAGUGUCACGCAGAUCAUCCUUCAUCACUACCAAUGAUGACUCUGAUGACGAGGAUGACGAAGAAUCGGAACCAAAGGCGCAAGUUAACAUAUCAAAUCUGAAUGUGAAACAACUUGUUGCUGACAUAAGCAGAGAGCUUAAGAAAACUUUUAAAGAAGAGUUGGGUCACAUCGAGUCCUCUCUAAACGACUUAUCGGACAAGAUACCGUCAAUGGAACAGUCCAUAAAGACCCAGAAAGAAGCUAUUACAAAACUUGAGAACAAAAAUUACGAUCUCCUAAACAAAAACAAAAAUUUAGAACUGAGGGUAUGUGCUGUGGAGUAG